AACAGGAUACGUCGAUUGUAGAUUAGAGCGUGACGCGUCCUGUCACCAGACAAACGCGAGAGGCACGUGCGGCACGAACGAACUCUUAAAAACAUCCCCCAUUGCAUUGCAGCGCCCUCCCCUCGCAACAACACCGUGUGUCAGUGGGUGUGCUCCGAAUGACUGCCGGUCAUGUGCACUUGUUACGCACCUCGAGUAACUCAACAGCACAUUUUCAGUGAACGAGAUUUGCCGAGUCAUGCUAAUUGAUCAACAGUUUACGAUACGGCGUGACCUAACAACACAGAUAUGGCUGAAAACGGAAUUCUCCUCUUCAAGAACAAAAAACAGGAUGACCUUGAAACGCGAGAAGAGACGCCUAGCGGCGAGAGCUUCUGGUCGUCCUGGCGAGAGACGUUGGUGGUGUCGGCAUCGUUCAUGUCAGCGUACACCGCCUACCUCGCCCUGCAGAGUCUACAGAGCAGUCUGAACCAGGAACAGGGACUAGGGGUGGUGUCGCUAGCCUGUCUGUACGGGACCGUCAUCCUAUCCGGCAUCCUCACACCGCCCUUCAUACGUCUGGUGGGACCCAAGUGGACCCUUGUGAUAGCGUGGGUGUGUCACUGUGUGUACACAGCCAGCAACUUCUACCCCACGUGGGCCACCCUUAUCCCUGCAUCCAUCCUGCUCGGGGCUAUAGCGGGACCUAUGUGGACAUCUCAGGGAUUAUACAUCACCGCUAGCGGUAUGCGCCUGUCUAAGAUUUCAGGAGAGAAACUUCAUGCUGUUUUAUCCAAACUGAACGGUGUGUUCUUUAUGUGUUAUGAAUGCACGCAAGUUACGGGUAACCUCAUUUCCUCUCUCGUGCUCAAACAAGGUUCUCUCACAGACUCCGACAACGUGACCCAGAUUUGUGGAGCAGACGACUGCCCCACUUCCGGUAACACAACGACGGAGCUUGCUGAGCCGGAACCGCACAUAGUGUACACUCUCCUUGGGAUUUUUCUGGCGUGUGACGUCAUUGCGUUGGUCCUCACGUUGCUUUUUCUGCCCCCGUUCCAAAAGACUCCGACCUCGGAAGACAGCACCGAACAGCCCCUGGGUAUGGGGCGCACGCUGUUGUCCUGGUUCACGGCCUUGUCGGAUCCCAAACUGCUUCUCCUCGUCAUGUUCUUCUUGUCCUCGGCCAUGAGCCAGGGCAUCCUCUUUGCAGACUACACGAAGGCGUUCAUCAGUUGCUCGCUAGGUGUCUCCAUGGUAGGGUAUGUGAUGGCGUGUCAUGGCGUUGUCACUGCUCUUGUUGCCAUAGUUACCAGCCAAGCAGCAAAAUACACUGGGCGGUAUGUGUUGUUUGGUGUGUGUAUCGUGUGUAAUGCCGCCAUGCUCCUGACGUUGGUUCUAUGGAAACCAAGGAGCGACUUCAUAGGACCUAUUUUCAUCAUACCCUCGCUGUGGGGGAUUGCUAUUGGAAUAUUCCAUACACAGUUUAACGCUCUGGUUGGACUGAUGUUCCCCGAGAAACAAGAAGCAGCGUUCGCCAACUUCCACACUUGGAACGCCAUCGGGUUCACAAUCACCUUCGCCUACGGUGGUGCGUUGUGCGUGCGAGCCAAGCUGUAUGUGUGUCUUGUUCUGUUUGCGCUCGGAAGUCUGGGAUACCUUCUCGCAGAGGUCAUCUACCUGCGACAAACACAUUCUGCACGAGCAGAGAGCUCACGGGAGAAGGCCUCAAAUUCCAGUGAAGAAUUCUAAUAAGUAAAUCAGGUGCAAAUGUACGUGCAGUUUGAAACAAAUCGACUCCGAGGUUAUGGUCGAGAAGGGGGAACGGCAGGCAGGCCCAGUCGUCUAAGGCGCUGCGAUUCGCUGUGCAGAGUUGCGUCCCUUGGGCAUGCCAGAAACCGAUGAUUGUGGGUUCGAAUCCCGUUUCUAGGUUUCUCAGCACCAUACCCGUCCUCGUGGGUUUCACAGAAGUGGUAAACGUCCGAGACCUGCAUCACUUCGGGCUGACACGCCGUGAUGUAACUGGAAUAAUGUUAAAAGCGGCGUUAAAACCCAACUCACUUUCACUGUGGUCGAGGAAGUAAGACCGAGGCAAGGCAAGAGGGUACCGGCAUUGUAAGAGCGGGUAGCGAAGCCGGGUGUUAUUUCCUCGACCAUAACCGAGAAAGAGUGUUUAUCUCACCUAUGAACCGUCUAAACGACAAAAUUAAGAAAACAUCGAGAUGUCUUAUAGUAAAACAAUACAGUGUGUCGUGGAAUAAAAGGAAUGCGAUCAAAGCGUGCGAGAGAAACAUGUUCAGCAUAGACUAAGCUAAGUCAUGACAUCUAAAAUUGAACAUUUUUUCAUCACAUGUCCCGGUGGUUCAGUGGG